AUGGUUGUUGCCUUUAUUCGUACAUGGUGUUUGUCUUCUUUCCUCCUCAUGCUUGAAGCUGGAGUGGCAGCUGACAUAUUUCUAAACCAUGACUGGGAAGAGGACUUUCCAGAUGAUCCAACUGGGAGAUUUGAUCAAUUCAAAGAAUUUGUAAGGUCGAACUUUGAUAUCUGCAAAUGGAUUGGCUUGUCAAUUGUGUGUGUGCAGGGACUGUCUUUGUUAUUGGCAAUGAUACUCAAAGCUCUUGGGCCACAUCAGUAUUAUGAUAGUGAUGAUGAGUACGUUCCUGAGAGAGUUCCGCUCCUGAAGAAUGCUGUUCUCCCACCUCCUUAUGUCAUUGGUGACCCUGUAUAUGGGUCCAAAAACGAUGCAUGGAACAUAAGGAUCAAUGACAAGCAUCUUACAAGUGAGCUGCAAGUGGAGAGGAGCAGGGUGUGA